GCAGGACCUGCUGAAGUGAGGGCGUGGCUCCAAGGUCGAGCCUCCUGGUCUGGGUGUACUUAAGCGGCCGGGGUUCGUAAAGACUCCGCCAUGGCUCUGAGGUGUGCGUUUUUCUUGCGAUCCCGCACACCCCAUCUCGCCCCGCUGUCUACUGCGCCCGCGACCCGCGUGCAGCCCGCCGCGGGUCCCACUGCUCUGCCGGGAUGCAGGCCGGCUGAAGCCGUGAGGCCGCCAGUUCCCGCGGUGGACUUCAGCAACGCACAAGAGGCAUACCGCAGUCGGCGUACCUGGGAGCUAGCGCGCAACCUUCUGGUGCUGCGGCUGUGCGCCUCACCCGCGCUGCUAGAGCGUCACGAGCAGCUGCUUCAAAUGACCAGAAGACUUCUGGGGCAGAGGCUGUUUGACAAGCUAAUGAAGAUGACCUUCUAUGGGCAGUUUGUUGCUGGUGAGGACCAGGAGUCCAUUCGGCCCCUGAUCCAGCACAACAGGGCCUUUGGUGUUGGCUCUAUCCUGGACUACGGAGUGGAGGAAGACCUGAGCUCCAAGGAGAUGGAGUCCUGUGCCUCCACAGCAGAGAGGGAUGACAGCAGCACGAGUAAGAGUGAGAAGCAAUAUCAGGCCCAUCCAGCUUUUGGAGACCAAAGGGACAGCAUCAUCAGUGGUGCCCAUACCUACUUCUAUGCCAAUGAAACCAAGUAUGACAGCCACAUGAAGACCCUCUUGCACUGCAUUGAGGCCUCAGGUAAAGCCAGUGAUGAUGGCUUUUUAGCAAUUAAGCUCACUUCCCUGGGGAGACCCCAGUUUCUGCUGCAGUUCUCAGGUGUACUGACCAAGUGGAGACGGUUUUUUCACCAAAUGGCUGCAGAACAAGGGCAGGCUGGGCACGCUGCCAUGGACACAAAACUGGAGGUGGCAGCACUACAGGAAAGCAUUGCUAAGAUGGGCAUUGCCUCCAGGGCUGAGAUUGAGGACUGGUUUACACCAGAGACCCUGGGAGUAUCUGGCACCAUGGAUCUGCUGGAGUGGAACAGCCUCAUUGACAGCAGGACCCAGUUCACCAAGCACCUGGUCAUCCCCAAUGUGCAGACAGGACACCUGGAGCCUCUGCUGUCACAGUUCACUGAGGAGGAGGAGCUGCAGAUGAUGAGGAUACUGCAGAGGAUGGAUGUGCUGGCUACAAAAGCCAAGGAAGCAGGGGUACGGCUGAUGGUGGAUGCUGAGCAGACCUACUUCCAGCCAGCAAUCAGCUACCUGACACUGGAAAUGCAGCGCAAGUUCAAUGUAGAGAAGCCUCUCAUCUUCAACACCUACCAGUGCUACCUCAAGAAUGCCUAUGACAAUGUGACCCUGGAUAUAGAGCUGGCUCGCCGUGAGGGCUGGUGUUUUGGGGCCAAGCUGGUACGUGGUGCAUACAUGGCCCAGGAGCGUGCCCGUGCUGUGGAGAUUGGCUAUGAGGACCCCAUCAACUCUACGUAUGAGGCCACCAAUGCUAUGUACCACAGGUGCCUCAACUAUGUCCUGGAGGAGCUGAAGCACAAUUCUAAGGCUGAGGUAAUGGUGGCCUCCCACAAUGAGGACACCGUUCGUUUCACGCUGCGCAGGAUGGAGGAGCUGAGCUUGCAUCCAGCUGACAACCAGGUGUGCUUUGGACAGCUACUGGGCAUGUGUGACCAAAUCAGCUUCCCGUUGGGUCAGGCAGGCUUCUCUGUAUACAAGUAUGUGCCCUAUGGCCCUGUGAUGGAGGUGCUGCCCUACCUGUCCCGUCGAGCACUGGAGAACAGCGGCAUUAUGAAGGGCACCCAGCGGGAGCGUCAACUGCUGUGGCAGGAGUUGUGGCGGCGGCUUUGCACUGGCAACCUCCUCUACCGCCCAGCCUAGCUGCUGUGCCAUCAUGGCCACUCUACCACCUGUGAUCUCCCACAGCCUUGGGGACAGGGAUUUGGGGGUGUGAGUCUGGGUUGCCCCCAGGCUAUACUACAAUAUUUGCCUUUUUAUACCCAAGAAUUUGAAACCUGUUGGACGUGGGAUCAGUUGCCCUAGGUAGUCCCUGUCCCUGCCAGGAUGUAGGCAUUCAAGCCUGGGUUGAGUCCAGGUAACUUUCCUUUCAUGAGUGGGCUCUAGACCCUAUUUCUUAGAUUCAUGGGAUUGUCUCCUGCCAGGGAGACCCACACCCCUGAACCUCAUGGGUGGGUAGUGGCCCAGCUGGGAAGCCUACCCGGUCAAUAAACCAUUACUCUAUAGCUGAAAACCCUCAACUCUACCAUGGUGCCCUCACAUGAAGUUAGCUCUGGGCAGCAUAGAGGGAAUGGUUUGGAUGAGAAGACACUUCAAGUUCUGAAGAUCAUGUCUACCAUGGAUGGGGCAGGUUACACCUACCAACUGGCUGCAGUACAGACCCAGUCACCCAUGAUUCCAUAAUCCAAACUUGCAUUCUGUACACAGGCAAACAGGUGAUGGGGGCUGGGCAGCCCAGGAAGAGGGGAGCCCCAGGCAAGGUGUCAGUACACUGUGGUGGCUUUAUCAGAUGGGUGCUGCUUUCUGCUGCCUCCAACAUUGCCACAGAGCUAUCAGGAAAGGACUAUAUGUGGGCUCUGGCAGAAAUGAGACACAACAGCCAUGUGCAGGUGCCUUUAUUUCUUUGGGUCACAGGACUUGUGCGCUGGAAUUCCUUCUGCUUGGGGGCUUUAGCUGCCAAGGGAGAGGCCAAGACCAUAAAACCUGGGGCCUGGCAGAGGUUUGGAUGUGCCAAUGGAAUGGGAAGGUAUAGAACCAAUAGCCCUGGUCUCCACCCAGCACUGGGGCAGACAAUGGGUAGGCCAGUCCUCCCUCCUUUUUAUGACACCAUCCUAGUGUUUGCACAGAAAACCCAAGACAAAGGUGGGUGACAGGUAUCCACCCAGAGGCGGAUACCAGGGCCUACAGGGUGCCAGGCAAUGGGGCCAUAUGGCUGACUUCCCAUGGAGGCUGGUACACUUGGAAUGGCAUGCAGGAGGGGAGCAAAGGAGGGUCCUGUGGGGUGCAGCAGGCCUAAGGAAGGUGGGCAGUACUCCCAUGGCCAGCUGGCUCACCCUCCUGUGAGCAGCCAGGGUUCACCUGGCCUGACCUUAGAAUGGUGAUGCCCGCUGGUAAAUGGGCAUCAAAUUUGGCAAGUGGCCAAAUACCAGGAAGACAAGUUCUCUGCAGCUUUCUGGUGAUCGUUGACAGGGCUGCAUUCCCAGCAACGCUGGGUAGUGGUAGCCAGCAGGGACCCCCACCUGAUCAUAGGGCUGUCUUUCCUGCCUGGCAGCCCCUUUGUUGCAGCUUCCGAAUGAGUUCCAACAGGUUCAUCUGUAGCGUCAGCUCCUGGGAUGCAGAAGGGGCCCCUGUGAGGGCCAGAUGACACCACCUGGUGCUCUUCUGCCCUGGCCUGGAGGUGGAUACCAGGACCUACAGGGUGCCAGGCAAUGGGGCCCAUGGAGGCUGGUACAAUUGGAGUAGCAUGCAGGAGGGGAGCAAAGGAGAAUCCUGUGGGGGUGUAGCAGGCCUGAGGAAGGUGGGCAGUACUUCUAUGGCCAGCUGGCUCACCCUCCUGUGGACCAUGGGACUGGCCUCCAUGUUCUUUUUAGAGUCUCACUUCCUUGCUACUCGCACCUACCAUUGAACCUGGGCCUAACUCAUCAGGGACUAGCAGUAAAACCCUAAAUUUAUUUGGGCCUUCAGGGACCAGUGAUAUGGGAUGUGGCAGGUUAGGAUCAGGUGCUGACCUGAGGGUUGGUGGUCACGUAGAAGCCAGCUACCCCUGCUUUCUCGAGUGUGCUCUGCUGGUCAGCCACUUUCCGGUCCAGCUCCAGAACAAUCUUCCGGUCCAUUGCCCGUUGUUCCUCCCGGAUCCGAUGCUCUACUGCCUGCCGCAGAUGAAGGAAGUGUGGUUCCAGGCUCAGCUCCCCAUCCUUCAAUACCUCAAACACAUGAUUCUGCCUGCCACUUCCUCUUGAGUACCUUGCCCAUCCCCACUGGUACUGGCUCCAGACCACAGGUAUCCUUACCAUACACUGUCCUCUCCCUUUUCCUCAGCCUCACCAAAUCUUGCAGAGGGGUUCUAAGAGGCUUCCCUGAAAGCCCCAGCAGCCUUGCACUUAGCAUACAUCUCUAUAGCCACUACCCACACCCUUCCAUGGCUGGUUAGUCACAUAUGAGUCUCCAGUUGACUCUGAAUUUGCUGGGAGAAGGAUGGACCCCUUUUUGGCUAUCCCUGUCAUUCUACCAUUGUAUUUGCAUGCAUGAGGCCACAAUGUCCUCCACUCAGCACCUGCUGUGUGUGUACCCCAGCCCACGAGAAGUUACCGUUUUAGGGAGUAGGAGAAUCACUGGCCUUCACUCCCCACCCAGCCCUGGCACACCUCAGCCCCCAUGGUGAAAAGCCAUGUGCAGGUACUCACCAGAUCUCUGGUGGCCCACCCAGGUCAAGACUCAGAAUGACUGCAGCUCCUGAGCCACCCUGAGCCCUAUUAGCAGAACCAGAUAGUACCUGCAAGAAAGAGUCAGGCCUGGCCAUCCCUCCCUGCCCCCUACCUCUAGCUCCCGAUGCUGAGCUGCCUGGAGCACAGGUAGGUUGUGGGGUCGGCAGGCCUGCUGGGCCUCCAGGUGCUUCUGCCGCAGGGCCUGCCUGAGAACUGGGAGUGGAGUAGAGUUGUCAGGUUUUGGAGAGAGGGGAAGAGAUCCAAAGCAGGUAAGAAUGGGACCCAGAGAAUACCUCAUUCCUUGGUGCCUGCCCCUUCAGCCACGCCUAAGGGUGGGAAGCUCCACCUCAUAAUCCCACUCUGCCUGAAGCUCUGGGGAUACCAGGAAGCUGAGUGGAGUCUCAGUUGGCCCAGACCUGACCUCACUCUGGGCAGGGUGCCCAGGGAACCUUUCUGCAUAUCCAGGGGACUUCAGAAGGUACUGGGCACUGAAGGAGGAUGGAAAAGGGAAUGUUGGUAUAGAGUUGAGAUCAGAGCUGCAGCCUAAGCUU